AGAAGGAAAAGAGCGAAAGGCAUUUGACCUUGACCCACCCUUUCUUGUGUCAAGGAUAAUGAAGCGGAGAUCCUUAUGUCUGCAAUCGUGGCGUACCAACAUCCUGUUCACCCCUAUAACAUGCAUGGGCAGUAUCCAGAUCUAUUUAUAGAUCCGGCCCGAUACUCGCCCAUCAUGGGGAAGAUACUCCAUGAAGAACCACAUCCAGACCCACAAACCUCCUUAGACAACAUGGUCCUCAGCCCCACAGGACCAUUUAUUCCUGGGGAGGGGGACUACCAGUAUGGACAGUCUGACCGUAUGGUCACCAGCACCAUCAACGACAAAAAGAAGAAAGGGGCUGGCGUUCCUGGCAAGAGCAUCGAGGAGGAAUUAUGUCGGAUUUGUGGGGACCGGGCUUCAGGCUACCAUUACAAUGCCCUCAGUUGUGAGGGAUGUAAAGGAUUCUUCCGUCGCAGUAUUACAAGAGGUGCUACUUACAAUUGUAAAUAUGGCGGAAAUUGUGAAAUGGACAUGUGGAUGCGACGGAAAUGUCAGUCUUGUCGCCUCAAAAGAUGUCGAGAAGUUGGCAUGAAAGAAGAAUGUCUCCUGUCAGAAGAACAGUGUAAAGCUAGAGACGCAAGAAGGAAAGCCAAACAACGAUAUACUCAAAAUGUUCAGGAAGACAGACCCGAAAAGAAGCCAGCCUUAAACACGGAAUGUAAUUCAAACUCAGGGGAGGGGUUUGAGAACAAAGCUUCCAGUGCACCGGAGGUUAAGUUCUCUUCCACGCUAUCACCUUAUGCCAUUAUAGACACUCGGCCUAUUCACUCAGUCUCAGAAGACACACGGAAGCUGAUUGAGAAACUGGUCAAACUUCAGGACAAAUAUGAGUUUCCUGAGGAGUCCAAAGUUGACGAUGCUAUAGAUAUUGACCCCAACAAAGAAGAGUCAGGAGAGCAUGUAUUGAUGAGUCUGUCUAAAAUGACUGUCCUAAUCACACACCUUAUUGUGGAGUUUGCCAAAAGCCUGCCAGGUUUCUCCAAACUCAGCAAAGAGGACCAAAUUAUUUUGCUCAAGGCUGCCUCUAGUGAAGUAAUGGCUUUAAGAGCCAGUCGAAUGUAUGACCCUGCAUCAAGGUCCAUUGUGCUGGCUAAUGGCAUUCCACUGACAAUUUCCAACAUGGAAGCUACUGGUCAGCCCAGGGAGUACACGGAGCUUGUGUUCAAACUGUGUCAUGACAUGGCUGAGCUCAAUUCUGAUAACGCUGAGUAUGCCCUCUUUACGGCCGUUAGUAUAUUUUCAGCUGACAGGGCUGGAUUAACGAACCGUGACCUGGUAGAGCAGAUUCAGAAGGUGUACGUUGAUGCUCUGGAUGAGUACGAGAGCAAAAAGCGGGUCAAAGGUGGAUGUGCUCUGGCGAAAUACUUGCUACGCCUCAUCGAUCUGCGAAAUAUUAGUGCAGAACACUCCAGAAUGCUGACUAUUCUGCCCAUAGAUGAAACGGCCAUGCCUUCUGUUGUCAAAGACAUUUAUAUGCAGAAUGAUAAAUGAAGGCAAAAAAUUAUUCUUAAAAAAAUUAUGAAGUGGUUAAUGUGUCAUUGGUAAAAAUACCAGGGUGCUUGAAUGGAGAGGGGGGAUGUGCUGAAGCAAGGAAAAGUCAAACGGCAAAUUUGGUGCAGAACUUGUGAGAGAGAAUUUGUUAUAAAUGAAUUCUUGGAAUGAUGAAGAACAAUUGCGUAUCUUAUUUUACACUUGUGUGUGUUUCUUAUUAUGGUAUUAAAACAUCUAAUGUUGAUUCAAGUUAUAUAUAUAUAAAUAUUAUAUCAUAUGUAUAUCUGAGUGGGGAAAAUGUGUGUAUGUAAAAUGUAUGAGACAAACUUUUCCCUCUCUUAAAAAAAAAUUACUGUGUAUUGUUUAUCUGAUUGUGGAAAUGGUUAGUUGCUAUGGUAACAACCAAUGGGAAUGAUCUAAAGACUCCCAUUGAAACUAAUCUGCUCAAACGUGUUGUGUUCCUGUUUCUCAUGAGCUCUUUGAACUUGUAUGUUACCCAUGUAUUCCAUAUUUGAGAUUGUAUAGCGUAUUAAAAUACUGUAUUAGAAAUUGGUAUAGAUUUUCCUUAGCAGAUAGUGUUGUAAAAUAUCAUCAUUCAGGGAAUGUAUUCUUGUUAUGGGCAAAAGGGCCCUCAGUCUGUUAAAUUAUUGCAAGCAUGUGAUCUGGAGAGCAUUUUCUUAAUUAGGGCCCCGCAAGGAUUUGCGGGUGCCCUAUAGUAAUCACUCUGUCUGUCUGUCCGUCUGUCUGUCUGUCUGUCCGUCUGUCAUUCUUUCGUCCACAAAUUUUCUGUUUUUUUCUAAUAACUUUUUUUAGGGUUGACCAAUUAAGUUCAAAUUUGGUAUGUUGGUUGAAUAGGCAGUAAGACAUAUUUUGAUGCUAAGUUUGGUUCUCUAUGUCAUCCGGUUUGGAGCUGGGGUGGUGGGGUAGAUUCCUUAACUUUAUAUAAGAGUGAAUCAGCAAAGAGAGAUAACUGCUGAGAAUGUUCCUAUCGUAAACUAUGAAAGGCUGCAAUGAGUCUCUUGGGAUUAAUUAACUUUUCUUUUCAAGAAAAUCCAAAGCAUUUAUCUUUAUCUGUCACAUUGAGAUUAAUUAACACCUCUGUCUGCAAAUGAAGUUUGUUUUGAAGUUAAGGUCAAUUCUGAAUGAUGUUUACAUUCUCUGAUAUGUGGAUUUAAAUAAUGUUCAUACUUUAUUUUGGUA